GUUCCAACCAGGGUGAGCAGGAAUGUAAAGGAGCGUGUUAACCGUCUCGAGCACAAAGCUGGCUUUCGGGUCUUGACACCCCAAGUCCUCCAUCUCCUCCUUGGCAAAGGAAACCUGAGAUGAUGGAGGCGCUUGGGCAAGUUACCAAGCCGGGCAAGCAGAGCCAUGUAGGAUCCUUUUGGAGGGAAGCCUUCAAGGCUGGCUUGUCUCUCCCAAAAGUGACACUCUUUCGGAGGGGGCAAGAUGUCUCUCUCUUUCUCACGACGCUUCUCAGAAGUCCUCAAGAGCCAGCCAAGGUUCCCCAACUAACGCUUUCCCAGACCCCUGACGGAACAGAAACACUCACCGUUCUCUUCCUCUCCGGAUCAAGGCGCGGAGCCCCCGCCGCCGGUCUCCAGGCUCGCCACCGCCUCGCCAGGGGCCACUCGUCGCCCUCCGGGGCCACCCGCGCCUCCCGGGGCUGCCCUUCGCCUCCCGCCGCCUCGCAUGCUCUCCACUGGGCUGGGAAAAGGAGGGAAAGGCGCGCUCGCUCUCUUUCUCACAAUCCCAGGCUUCGGAUGAGGCUGCUGAGGAAGAGGAUGCUGCUUCCUUGGCGGGCUCCGGAGUUGCCUAGUGCCGCUGUGAGGAGGAGGAGGAGGAGGUACAGGAGGCAGCAAGGGCGGCAACGGCGGCAGGAGGAGGAGGAGAAGCAGCAGCCCGUCGCCCAGCGAGCGAGGAGGAAGGAAUGGAGGAACCAAGGAAGGAAAGAAGGAAGGAAGGAAGGAAGGAAAGAAGGGGCCCGCGCCUUCAGCCCCGCCGAGCCAAGCCGAGGGGCGACGGCAGCAGCUGUCCACAUUUCAGAGGCCUUUUUCUAGACCUGCUUGAAGAAUCAUGGAAGUGAACAAGAGACAUUUUCCAUCCAAAGCGUACACUCUAUGUCGGAGCUACAAGAAUAAGGAAUAGAAAAAGAACAAAAACACAGAGCAAAUGAGUCCUGCUUGCAUCUUCAAUAUAGCAAGGCUAAAAGAAACCCAGUACAGAAGCAAAAAAUGGAGAAAAGGAGGAAGAGGUUAUAAGGAGAGUCACAAAAGCCCAUGGGCUAGAAGGUAGGUACACACAGAGAAACCUGGGAGGAUAAAUUGACAAUGAAGGCAUGUAAGGACAGCAGACAAGGGAAGUUAAUGAGAGUAGAGAUGGAAAGCUGUGAGGCAGAAAAGGUGGGAGAGCUGCCAAAAGAUACUGAGGAAAAGGGGCCGAAAAAAAAGCAGGGAGUAGAGAAAAGAAAACAAACAAAGAAAGAGAAAAACUUGCCCAGCACAGAAUGGAGUGCUAUUCAAUUGCAUUUGGAAAAGAAGAAAUAGCCUUUUAUAGAGAUGAACAAUGACUUUAGCAACAGCUCUGAGACAUUACACACAAAGCGUUACUAAUUGUUACUUGGGAUAGAAGCCAAAGCAGCAUGUUGAAUCCCUGUCAAUAAUGUCUAACCAAUGCUAAAUAUACAAGACCACAAGUUUACAUUCUGAGGAUGAAUCAUGACCAGGACACACUUCUGGUUUCACAUAGACAUGGAAAAGAAUGGGAAUCAUCAUUCAACCUUGUAUAUGCACACACACUAAGGACACAACUACCCUGACCACUUAGGUUGGUUUGAAGCCUGUUUGGAGAAACUGGCUUCACUGUGCAGAUCAUUACAUUGCCAUGCUUAGAAUAGAUUUGAGAUAGGAAGUUGAUACAUUAAAAAUGUAAGGUUGCCUCGGACUGGUUCCAGAAUUCACAGUAUUUCAUAUUUCAGUGUACCUUGGUGACAUAUGUGUGUGACAUUCAGUGCACCUUGGUGACAUAUCCUACCUUUCGACAGAAGCAUUGGCAAUGGUAAUCCAUGCAAUGGUCACCACUAGGUUGGAUUAUUGUAAUGCCUUAUAUGCCGGCCUUCCGAAGACAAAAACCCAGAAGAUCCGAAUGGUCCAAAAUGCGGCGGCCAGGCUGCUAGCAGGAUCAUCUAUAAGACCCCAUAUUACACCGAUUCUGAAACAACUGCAUUGGCUACCAAUAGAAUAUCGGAUCUCUUACAAGAUACUGAUCCUGACAUUUAAAGCUCGAAAUGGCCAAGGACCAUUAUAUCUUAGGGACCGGAAAAUUGAGAGUGACAAAAAUAUGCCAUAGAAGAGAGCUUUUCUUUCCUUACAACACUCAAAGCAGUCUGUUGCCAUCACCUGUGACAUUGAGAGCUAAUUUGCCCAACUUUCAUUCUCAGUUUGGCCAACUUUUGUAUGAGGAACCAGAAGAGGAAGGGCAUAACUAAGCAGUGGCAAUAGAAGCAUUCCCAGUGAUAGUUUCACCCUGUCACCUCUUUCAGAUAUCAAUAUAUUCUUACCUACCUACAUAUAGGACUUGGAAAUAUUACAGGGGGGAAAUGAACACACAAAUAUAUAUAGACAUGUCUAGAUAGAUAUGAAUAUAUAUAUAGGGCUUGCAAAUAUUGUAGGGAAAAUGCACACACACACACACACACACACACACAGAGAGGGAUUUGCAAACGUUUUGGGGGAAAUGCAUAUGUGAAAUUAGUAUCUAUAAUUAUAGAUCUAUAUCUAGCUCUGCAUUGUUUAUAGAAGCAUUGAAUGUUUGCCGGUUACUAUGUUGGAAGCCGGCCUGAGUCCCCAUGGGGAGAUAGGGUGGGAUCCAAAUGAAGUUUUUAUUAUUAUUAUUAUUAUUAUUAUUAUUAUUAUUAUUAUUAAUAUGUUAUUGUUGAUACCAUAUUGUUUUUGUUGCCCCUACUUUUCCUACUUAUAGAGCUAGUUUGUUGCUUUUCAUUGAAAUACGGUAAAUAUUCAAAAACAUUUAACCUACUGAUGCCUCGAUUAAUGAAAUUUUAUUGCUAUCUAUUUUUAUUUUGAAAUUUACCCAUAACUGCUGCAUUUCCAACCCUCAGCUUAUACUCGAGUCAAUAAGUUAUCCCAGUUUUUUGUGAUAAAAUUAGGUUCCUCGGCUUAUAUUCGGGUUGGCUUAUACUCAAGUAUAUACGGUAAUUGAGCCAUGACAGUUAAAGUGGUGUCAAACUGCAUCAUUUUUACAAUAUAGAUGCAUGCCCCAAUAGACACAUUGAUUACCACUGAACUAUUGCUUCCAUGUCUCUAGUCUACAAUUCAUUCAAUAGGUUGCCUUGGAGCAGUUCUUUGUGCUGCUUUACUGAGCAUGCUGUGAAUUUCACACUGGACCCCAUAGCAAUAGACGCUGCUUAAUAUUUGUUGGUUUCAGGUAAUUGAUUCCACUGCAUCUCCAAUACCCUAUUAUAUACCUUUCUGGCACUAACCUCAAGGAUCUAAUAACCAUUAAAGAUAUUCCCACAGGCUUGAAAAUUGCGCACCCCUGCUAUAGUACAUUUGGUGCCAUUUUCAACACUAGCUUCACCGGUUAUUGCUUUAUUGUAAUUAUUAUAACAUAUUUCCAUUCUGCUGCUCCAAGAUGGUUUGCAAAAUCAUUAACAAUAACAAGAGAAUAGCCUGGUCCUAAACAGUAGGAAAUGGAAAAGUAGAAGAGGAGAAAAAAAGCAAAAAAAAGAAAAGAAGAGUAAAGAAUUGUCUUACCUUUCCCCUAAUAUAACAAUCAAAUGCUUAGGAAAGAAAAAAAAUCUGGAUCUCACACAUAUUUGUUUUACUAACAGCAAAUAAGGAGAGCUACAGGCACCAUACGUCUCAACUGCCUCUAUUUAAAAGGGAGAUGUUAAAUUAUAACUAUAAUUUUUCCCUUCAUCAUGAUCACAAAUAAAGAGAAAACUGUUUACAUCAGGAAAAUGCUACCUGGGGAAGCUUUAACUAGCCCCUACCCUGGCCGCAUUCCAUAAACAUCUGAAAACCUGGCUAUUUAAAUGUGCAAUUGGCAUAAAUUGACAACUGUCCCUUACCUUCACCUAGAUACAGCUACUGCACUUCUUCCAGUUCAUUCAGUAGAGAUUUAUAAGAUACUAGCUAUGCCCGGCCACGCAUUGCUGUGGCGAAGUAUGGUGGCAUGGGAAAUAAAGUAUUGAGGAAUUGGUGGUAGUUAAGGUAAAGGGUAAAGGUUUUCCCCUGACAUUAAGUUCAUUAUAAAUGGGUUAUAUAGCUGUGUGGAAGGGCUUUGAGUCUACACUGCCAUAUAAUCCAGUUCAAAUCUGAUAAUCUGUAUUUUAUAGGCAGUGUGGAAGAGGCCUAAGUGAGGCCUAACUCUGCCUGUCCCCUGGGCUGACUGGGUUGCUAGGAGAGCAAGUGGGCGGAGCUUAGCCUUCUAACUGGCAGCAAUUGGAUAAAAACAAUUAUUCCUCUCCCUCUAAUUAGGACUUUAUUUUUCUUUUCUUUUUGUUGUAUCAACCUAGAGCUGUGGAUGAUGGGUUGUGUUGUCAAAUUUCGAGGUUGGGGGGGCCUGUAGUUUUGUUGUUUUGUCCGCUGCCCUGAUGCCAUCAGUCUUUUAUAUAUAUAGAUUGUGCACAGACAACAUUUGCCUUGCCCCCACUGGAAUAUGUUCACUGUGCCUAUUGCUUGAGUAUGUUUUAAUAUAUUAAAUGUUUUAUGAUUUUAUGUUUAUAUGUUUUACAUGUAUUUAUGUGAUUGUAUUUUAUUGUGUAUUGCUGGGCUUGGUCCCCAUGUGAGCCGCCCUGAGUCCCUUCGGGGAGAUGGGGCGGGUAAAAGAAUAAAGUUAUUAUAAAGUU